AUGGAGGACACACACGUAGGCAUUGACAAUUUUACAGACCAAAUUGAAUGUUCUUCAUUAGGAGAUGGUCAAUGGGCCUUAUUUGUGGCGUUUGAUGGACAUGGAGGGAAGCAUACUACCCAGUUUGUUUGUGACAAAUUACCUAACCUCAUUGUCAAAGAGAUUCAAUUUCCUGUGGAAGUUGAAAAAGUUGUGAGAAGGGCACUUUUGCAUAUAGAUAAUAGUUCUGUUGAGGCAUGCUCACUCCACACUUGUCUCUCUUCAGGUACCACAGCUUUGGUUGCAACGGUUUUUGGAAGGUAUUUGCUAGUUGCAGGUGAUUGUCGAGUUGUGUUGUUAAGGAAAGGGAAGGCAAUUGAAAUGUCUAGGGAUUACAAUACUGAUUGUUCUAGGGAGAGAAAACAUAUUGAAGCAUCUGGCGGCUAUAUUGAUGACGGGUUGAAUAUCCCUAUGGAGCUUUGA